UCUUGCACACCAUUGAGCGCUGCUGAAAAGCAGAGGCUCUACCGUGCCAGGCGUGAUGCUGAUGAACAGAGGAGACAGCAGUACUUAGAAAAAGAGAAAGAGAAGUGGAGGAAAGAUGUAGAAACAGGGAAGAAGAAAAAGCAAAAAGACCGCAGUGUGAGAGCACAGCGUGCCCAGCGAAAAAGGUGGAAAGAGGCUCAUAAGAGGAGUAAUGCCAGGAAAAAGGUACUUGAAGGAUUAAACACCCCUCCAGUAAGCCCUGAUCCUCCAGCCAGGCCAGAAAUUCGAGUCAGGCCAGAAUCUCCAGUCAGCUCUCAACCUGGGACUUCAAGGCAACGUGAUCUUGGGAGAAGAAGAAGGAGGGCUGCCAAAGCAAAAUUAAACAGGGAGUUGGAGAAACUACAGGAUCAGUUAAGUAAAGUUGAAAAACGAGCAGAAAAAUACAGAAAGCGGCUCCAACGAUCCAAAAAGGACCAUCCAUCUCCAAGAUCCAAAGUCAACAAGUUGCUUCGGGAAAUCUCGGGCACAUCCCUAAGGAGAACCCUGUUAUUCCAUACAGCAGUAGCUGAGGAAGUACGUACCAAGUACGCACAUUCAAAGAGAGAGAGUGACAGACAAGUCAUUGCAGGAAUAGUCACCAGCAAAAUCCUGAAGAAGUACAGGCUGCAGAGAUUGGCAGAAGAGGUUUUUGGAUUUUCAAGGAGGAGGUGGACAAAACUGUCAAAUGAAAAUGUUUGCAGGUACCAGAGGAAGAAGCACGAGGGGAUUGCUGCCACGCUGAGAUCAACGGUGAGAACGUUCUUUUCACGUGAUGAUGUCAGCAGGAUCACAACUGGAAAAAAGCAAACGGUGACAAAAGAAAAGAAGAAAAUGCAGAAAAGAUUACUGGUGGAUUCAAUGAAGAACCUCCAUUUGAAGUUCCUGGCUGAGCAGACCAACCUCCGUCUAUCAUACUCACUGUUCUGCACACUUCGCCCCUACUGGGUUGUGCAUCCAACAUUGGCAGAUCGUGAAACAUGCAUGUGCAAACAACAUGAAAAUCUAGGCUUUAUUGCCAAAAAGCUUCACCAGAUGCACAUCAUCGACACAUCCAAUUUGGAGAGCCUGACACAAGCCAUCACAUGUGACACCACGAGCAAGCAAUGUAUGUAUGGGGAAUGUGAGAAAUGCAGCAAUAAUACCUAUGCACUCACAAGCCACUACAGAGCCACCGAUCGUGUCUCCUACCUUCAGUGGGCCACUGUGGACAAAGAGCACAAAAAUGAUCCUGGAGCAGCCUCAAAGAUCACUUUGAAAAAAGAAUUUGAAUGCUCCCAAGAAGAGCUGGUGGAAACGUUUGCCAUUUUGCUCCAGAAGUUCAGGCGCCAUCUCUACAACAUCAGGCAGCAAUAUGCUUUCUCACGGGCCCUGAAGCUGAACCUCCCUGCAAAUGAAUGUGCAGUCCAUAUUGACUUCUCAGAGAACUACGGCUGCAAGUACAGCGCUGAAGUACAAGCUGUCCAUUUUGGUGCAUCACACCAACAGGCCACUUUGCACACUGGGGUUUACUAUGUGGGGGGGGCAUCUGCCCCUACCUCCUUUUGCACUGUAUCGGCAUCCAGACUGAAGGGACCACCUGCCAUAUGGCAACACCUGGAGCCCAUCCUGAGGGAAAUCCGAGAGGGAUUCCCGGAUGUGACAACCAUCCAUUUUUUUAGCGAUGGCCCCUGCACACAGUACAAGCAGCGUGGUAAUUUUUACCUCUUUUGUACUGAAAUUUUCAAGAAGGGGUUUACAAGAGGAACCUGGAACUACUUCGAAGCCAGCCAUGGCAAAGGUGCCCCAGAUGGUGUGGGUGGCACAUUGAAGAGGAGGGCCGACAGGCUUGUCAGCCAAGGAGUUGAUAUUCCUACUGCAUUGUCCAUGUACCAAGCUCUGAGUGAGGGACAAUCGAAGGUGAAAUUGUUUUACAUUCAGGAGCAAGCCGUGGAGGAUGCAGUGAAAGAAAUGCCAGCUGACCUGCCAGCUGUACCAUCCACAAUGAGGCUCCACCAGGUGGUUACUCUUUCACCUGGGAAAAUUCUCUACCGUGACGUCAGCUGCAUGUGUUCGGCAACAGGGAAUCUGGAGUGUGAUUGCCAAAAAACAAAGUCCUUCAGUUUUAAUACCACCGAUGACCACACAGAAGACCCCAUAUACAGCCAACCAGAAGAGGUGGAGUGGCACAGUCCAGAGGUUGUGGGGAAAUGGUGUGCCCUGGUGUACGACCACACCAUCUACCCAGGGAUCAUCCAAGAGGUGAAUGAGACCCACUGCCAGGUGAAAUGUAUGCAUAAAGUGGGGGAAAACCGUUUUUUCUGGCCGUUGAGGGAAGAUCUCCAUUGGUAUCCCUUGGAGGAUGUGCUGACCCUCAUUCCUCCCCCAGAGAACGUUACCGCACGCCACAUGGCCAUCGCAAGAGAGUUAUGGGAUGCUCUGGCCAGCCGCGGAAAUUAAAUCAACAUUAUAACACUAGCUUUUUAAAAUAUUGAUCAGUUUAUGACUAUUUUUGAUAUGCUCAUUCAUUUUAAUGCCAGGUUGUCGGCAUACUGUAAUAUAACAAUUUUUUUAUGUUUGUCCAUUGAAUAUUUGAUCAGAUCCAGUUUGUGGUCUUGUUGACAUGUUUAUUUUUUUGAUCAUUCCUACUCAUCCUGUUGAUCCUUCAUCGAAACGAUAUAUAAAAUAUUAUUAAACAACAUUCCUGUGGUCCUGAGUAUUUAUUUGUCACAUUUAUGUCAUGAUCUACAAUCAAAAGUAAUGUAUCCAUUCAACCGUUACUUUGCGCAACCCUGUUACUCUAAUUUCAACCCUGUUACAAUAUCAUUUUUAUUAAAAUAAUCUUAAAUA